UCCGGGUCGGCGGCGGCGGCCGAGGACGGGGGGGGGGGGCGGCGGGGCCGGUUCUGGACCCGUUCGCGGCGGCGGAGAGGAGCGGAGCGGGGCCGGAGCGGGGAGGAGCGGGGCAGGAGCGGCCGCGGCAGGCGAAGACCCGCACUGGUGGCAGCAGCAGCAGCGCCGGGACCCAGCUCCCACCCCGGCCUUGCGUGUGUGUGGGGUGAUGCCCUUGAGGGCUGUGGGGGUGACAACACCCCCGAUGUCCCCUCCUGUCUAGUAGGAAGCUGCUGCCCCCCCACACCCCCCCACCCCCCCCACACCCCCCACCCCCCCCCCCGCCACCGUACGUGAUUGCUGCUGGGGGGGGCCGAGGAAGACGCUCGUCACCGCGCCGGCGGCACCGGGGCCGAGAUGUCGGCGCAGUGGCGGGCGAGCCUCCUGGCCUGCGAGGGCCUGUCCGGAGUGUGCCUCGUGCCCACCGUGGCCAGCAAGAAGAUGAUGCCGAAGCCCAGCUCCAAGCAAGGGGAGAGCAGGGAGCGGGGGGGCAGCCCCGAUGUGCUGGCACUGCGGCAGGACUCGGACAAGCCACGCAGUCGGAAGGACGAGGACGCACCCGAGGCCACGCACAUCAAGAAGUCCAGUAAAAAGCGCCGCAAGCGUGUGUCCGGCGCCGAGGGACCCGGCAGCGCGCCGCGGAGAGGACCGCGCCUCGGCAGCCAGGUGCUGGUGAUGGAGCAGAACGGCCCCUUCCAGGCGCAGAGCCCGAAGAACUUCAUCUGCGAGCACUGCCUGGGCGCCUUCCGCAGCAGCUACCACCUCAAGAGGCACAUCCUCAUCCACACCGGUACGGGGGGGGACCCUCCCUGCU